AUGAGCGCUGAAGCUCGCAGCGAGCUCACCUCCGCCCCUUUACCGCUGGAAGAGGAAGCAGACGAGAUCAGGAAGUGGCAGGCCGACUCUCAUGCUGCUCGGCCGGGCUCUAUCGCAGCAGGGGAGGCUGGAAGGAGGGACUCCUUUUCGCAGCAGCAGCUACCGCUAGAUGAGCAGCUACGCUCUCCCAAGUCACGGCCCAUUGCCCCGCCGGACUCGCCAUAUCUACUCAUCAGUAAGAGCAGCGCUCCCUUUCCCCGUAGAUCGGCAGAUGAGCCUAGCACACCUGGCCACCCGACUCGCUCAGCGCUGAGAAGAAGCAGGACUACCUCGUCCCGCUCCGCUGCUGCUCGUGGACUGACACCGAUUCGCACCAGCAGGAAUCGGCCGAGGUUCUGGGCUUUACUACCACUCGUUGCUCUCCUCGACAUGCUCGUCGAAGGAGUAUUAGGCUGGCGUAUCCUCGAGCAUGUCCAGCAACAGUACGAGUCGUCUCCUCACCCUUCGGGAGAUCACAAGGGCUCUGGGGAGGAAUGGAUGGAAGACAAGCAAGCUGCGCUCGUCUUUGCCCUCAUGGGAAUGGCUGUGAUGAGGAGCAUGGUCAUUGCAAUCGUGGGCAUUGCGAACAAGACGGAUCAGCUGGGACUGGUCAUUGCGACCGUCUGCGCACUCUCCACCCUCGUGAUCAUCUCCAUCUUCAACCUCCUCUUUCAGUCAGGCCAACUCUUCGAAUCACGCCCCUGGUCAGCAUCAAUGCCUUUGCACCAGCAAGAGCUUCCCUCUCACCUGCACUUCCCACUGCCCAGCGCCCCCUCCCUGGCCAUCCUCAACACCACCUCCCUCCUCUUCACAGUCCUCGAGUACGUUCUCUACGUCCUCGUCGUGGGCAUCAGAGUACCACCCACGGGCAUCACAAGGGGUAGAAUGGAAGACAUGCGACGCUGGAAGCGUGGAAUACGUGAGCAACACGCCAAUGCGAGUGCAGGAGCGGCUGGAGGAGGACAGGACUUCUAUGCUGCUCCCGAAGAGGACACGAGCGUUGCAGAGGGGCAAAGAGCAUCGACGAUCAUUGGUCCCUCCAGAAGACAAAGGGGGACCUCUGAUGCCUCUGCCAGUCACAAGCUCCUACACUCGCCCGUCUCGCCUCUGAAGAGCAGGAGCUAUGGAGCGACUGAGUUUGCUGAACCUCUAGCGCUACCAGAGCCGGCAAUGGCAUCCUUCAAGCCCGCCUCGUCUUCUUCUCCGCAACGAAACGAAACAUUUGACGCAUCGAAUAUCCUUGAGGCGCAGUCGAGUGGUGCAGGGAGCUCAAAGAGCGAUGCUGCUCGAAUCUCACGGAGAUCAAGCGCAGCAGAAGACCUGGAGGGGGAGGAGCACAUCUUUGGCUCUGGAGAGACAGAAGAGGACGGCAACGAGGAAGACGAAGACUUUAAUAUCGAUGAGAACGACGACGACGACGAUGACGAUGAUGCACCAGAUCCGGACGAGAUCAUCGACAUUCCCCCACUCCCCACCUCCCUCUCUCGCGAUGCAUCCCGUUUCCGCCUCGCAAUGGCCAUGGCAGAUAGCGAUACACGGCGCUCCAGCAUUCGGUCCGCUUCUGGCUCAGGCUCAGGCUCAGGCUCAGGCUCAGGCUCUGGAUCGGGAGGUGGAAGUGGAUUUUCGCCUAGGCGCUUCCCGAUAGAUCCGGAAGAGGAGCAUGGGUUGGAGAAUGAGAACGCAGAUGCAGAUGUAGCUGAAGCUGAAGCUGCACUUCGGGAAGCAGAGGAAGAUCGAGUUUGGGAAGGUCUACCGGCGCGAGACUCGAGGGUGGACGAGACGCCCAAGCGCAGGAGGGGAUAUGGCUCUUUCAAUGUCCAUACUCAGGCCUCUACCUCUUCGGCCGGGGGUCAGCUCACACCUGGACGCACCACUGGGACCCCUACCUCCAGUACUACAUUGACACCGACACCCGUUGGAAGCAGUGGCAGUGGCAGUGGUAGUGGCAGUGCCAGCAAGUUCCGAGCGAGCGGAAAGUCUCCAGGCCUCUUCAGGAGCGGAAGUCAGAAGCUGCGUCGUGCUCUCUCGGGGUCCGGUGGUGGUGGUGGUGGUGGGACGGGUGACAGUGCUGAUAGUAGUCCAGGGCAGAGGUUACGUUUCUUCAGUAGUAAAAGCGGGAGUGGCAAGUGA